AGCAGCAGCGCGGUGGUCCCGCUGAGGCUGCGCCAGUGCCCGCGCCGAGCGCCCGCCAGGCUCCCGGCGGGAUGGAACCCGGGCCGCGGCGGCGGCACAGUUGCCGCCCGCCGGUCUCCGUCUUCCUGCGCGACCCGAACUCCGGGCGCGUCUACAGGCGCGGAAAGCUGAUCGGCAAGGGUGCCUUCAGCCGCUGCUACAAGCUGAUGGACAUGUCCACCAGUGCGGUGUUUGCCCUCAAGGUGGUGCCUCGUGGUGGGGGCGGGGCCGGGCGGCUCCGCACCCUGGGGAAGGUGGAACGUGAGAUCGCCCUGCACAGCCUCCUGCGACACCGAAACAUUGUAGCCUUCCACGGACACUUUGCUGACCGCGAUCAUGUGUACAUGAUGCUGGAGUACUGCAGCCGCCAGUCACUGGCCCACGUUCUGGAGGCGCGGCAGACCCUGACGGAGCCCGAGGUGCGCUACUACCUGCGGGGCCUGGUCAGCGGCCUGUGCUACCUGCACCAGCGGCGCAUUGUGCACCGCGACCUGAAGCCCAGUAACUUCUUCCUGAACAAGAACAUGGUGGUAAAGAUCGGAGACCUGGGGCUGGCUGCCAGGGUGGGGCCGGGGGGCCGCUGCCACAGAGUGCUCUGCGGGACCCCAAACUUCCUGGCCCCGGAGGUCAUCUCCAGGAGUGGACACUCCUGCCAGUCAGACAUCUGGGCUCUCGGCUGCAUCAUGUACACGGCGCUGACCGGGGCCCCUCCCUUCACGGCGGCUCCCCUGUCGGAGAUGUACCAGAACAUCAGAGCCGGCCGCUACCCCGAGCCUGCCCACCUGUCCCCCAACGCGCGCCGCCUCAUCGCCCGCCUGCUGGCGCCCGACCCCGCGGAGCGGCCCAGCCUGGACCGCCUGUUGCGGGAUGACUUCUUCACACAGGGCUUCACCCCGGACCGGCUGCCGGCCCGCUCCUGCCACAGCCCACCCAUCUUUACCACGCCCCAGCCUCUACGCAGGCUCGUCCGGAAGGUGGGCCAGCUGCUGCUGGCCCAGUGCCGGCCCCCCCCCUGCCCCUGCACUCCGAACGAGGCCUCGGAUUCAGGAGGAGGUGGUUCAGAUCGUGACUCCACGGAGUGGGGCGGUGAGGCCUCCCUGUUGGACAGAGAGGCUCCCCGCUCUGCAGUCCCCGUCUACCUGCUCACCCACGGGACCCUCCGGAGUGACCCAGCCGGACCCAAGGGGAGCCAGAGGCAGGAGGUAGAGGCGGCCAUCAGGAACUUGCUGCUCUGCCUGGAUCCCAGCCUCCCAGCCCCACAGGACCCCCCGGGAGGGCAGCAGCCGGUCCUCUGGGCCCCCGCGUGGGUGGAUUAUUCCAGCAAGUAUGGCUUCGGCUAUCAGCUGUCGGAUGGGGGCAGCGGUGUCCUGCUUCGGGACGGCACGCACAUGGCCCUGCGCCCCCCGGGGGACCGGGUCUGCUACGCGUCCGCGCGGGGGAAGCUGGACACGUUCGCCCCGAGGGACGCGCCCAGCCCGCUGGGCGCCAAGCUGGCCGUCCUCCGGCUCUUGGCCCGACACAUGCAGCGGUGGCGGCGGGAGGAGGAGGGCCGGCCCGUGCCCACCCCCCCGGCGGCCCCCGGCCACUGCCUGCUGCGCUUCCUCGUGUCGGACCGGGCUUUGCUGCUGCUUUUCAGCGACGGGACACUGCAGGUGAGCUGCCUCGGAGACCAGGCUCACCUGGUCCUGAGCGGCCAGGGCCGGGAGCUGCGGCUCACGGUCCGGGAACGCGGCCAGCGCAGCACCGCGCACCCCCUGGGUGCCCUGCGGAGCCCCAGCUGCGCCCCGGCCACCCGGCAGCGCCUUCUCCACGCCCUUCACAUGCUGCAGAGCGUCUAGUGCCGGGGCCCCGGCUCCGUUCAGGCUCUGGUUCCCCAGAGGGGUGUCCCUGGGGACAGCAUGGCGGUGGGGG